AUGGGAAAUACCUACCCCUCUCAAACAGGCCACUCAGCAACGGUUCUGAAGGAACAAAGCUUGGUUAGUUCAAAUACACAAGAUUCAACCGUAAUACUCACCUGGUAUGAUCCAAAGAUGAACUCAGAUUUCGAGCAUGAAAAGACAAAAAGGAUGAUCUCAAAGGUAACAAAUAAUGUGUUAUUCUAUGUUUUGGAAACUGAAUUUUUAAAUUAUAUCGAAACAGACAAACAUACUUCUGUUGUUCUCAUCGUAUCCGGUCAUGUAGCUCGAGAUAUUCUUAUUAGAGUUAAUCAUCUGAGAUACAUUCAAUCUGUACAUAUUUAUUGUGAUGGCUACGAAAAGACCAAGUAUCAGUCUCUAAAAACUGAUUUUCGUCCCAAGGUGAAAUCAAUUUCUAGUGAACGAUAUGAACUGAGACUUGCACUCGAAACAACUUUAAACUACUUGAAUGCUUUUAGUUAUUAUAACACUGUUUCACAGAGAUCAACUUGGGAUCUAUCGACGAGCAACACUGAAUUCAUAUGGUUUCAGUUGCUACAACAGAAACUCUUUUUGGAACAAGACAUUCAUACUACACAGUCUAAAUUUGAUUUUAUUCAACGAUGUCGAGAAUAUCUGGGUGACGAUUAUGAAGCAGAUCAAAAGUAUCUCAACUACUUAGAAAAUCAAUAUCGACCAAAAGAUUCCAUUCGAGAAUAUACAAAAUGCAAUUUUUUACAUAAUCUAAUCAAUCAUGCAAUUAGAAAUGGUGAUGCAGAAGAGUUGUAUCACUUUCGUUAUUAUGUUGCUCAUCUCUGUACGAACCUAGCUAAAUUAUCCCAACGAUUUCGACGUAAACAGGGAAAGACUGUGCUCACACUCUAUCGUGGUCAACAACUCUUACGAGAAGAAGGAGAGCGACUUCGUAUAAGUGGAAAUAAAUAUAUUGCUAUGCGUGGUUUUCUAUCAACUACAUUAGAUCGAAAAGUAGCUGAGGCUUUUGCUGAAUCCUCACCUGAAAAUUUGCCUGUUUUAUUUGAAAUCACAGUUGAUUUAGAUCAAGUACCAUCAAUGAUUUUAGCUGAUAUAUCGAAGUAUAGUAAAUAUCCAGAUGAGAAAGAAACUCUGUUUGGUUUAAAUGCAACCUUUGAAAUUGAUGAGCAGUUUCAGGGUGACUGUGGUCGAUGGAUCAUAAAAAUGCAUGCAACAAAUUUUGAACAGAAAAUCGUGAAUGACUAUAUACAAUAUCUUCAGUCAAAAACAUCAUACUCUUCUUCGUCAUCUUCAAUCUCGAUCAAUUUCAUAUUGGCUCAAUUUCUUAUAGAAAUGGGGGAAAAUGUGAAAGCAGUCAAAUUCUUAGAAAAAAUGAUUCCAACUACAGAUGAUGAACGAGCAAAUCUGUAUUUCAUUUUGGCUGAUGCGAAGAUAUCAUCAUAUCAUUUAACAAAGCAUGCAUUGGAUGAAGAAAUCCGAUUAUUGAAGAAGUCAGAAGAACUAUUCAUCUCAUUGGAUAAUAAACUUGGUCAAGCUCACACUUUCAGACGUUAUGCUGAUGCACAAGUUCUAAAUGAAACCUAUGACGAAGCUGUCCACUCUUAUCAACGAGCAAAGCAGCUGUAUAAAGAAAUACCUGAUCAAAAGGAAAACAUUCCUAGUUGUUAUAAUGG